CCAUCUGUGGACCAUUAGGUAGAUGUGAGGUAUUUAUUCCUACUAACCAAUAUUGGCUGUUUGGGUUUAAUCUCAUAGCACGUUUGCUUAAUUUUCUACCGGGCUGCAUGCGAAUUUUCAAUCAACUCAAAGUAGCAAUGAAGUACAUAGAUAUUGGUGCCAAUCUCACGGACCCCAUGUUUCGUGGCAUCUAUGGCGGUACACAAAAGCAUACUGACGAUUUGAACUUGGUGUUGGAACGUGCAUGGAGGCAAGGUGUAGAGAAGAUGAUAGUUACAGUAGGCACACUGAAUGAGGCGGAUGAAGCAUUAAAUUUGGCAAAAACAAAUGAUCGCCUGACUGUUACAAUGGGUUGCCAUCCAACGCGCUGCAAUGAAUUCUCGCCCGAUCCGGAACAAUAUUAUGAAGAUUUACGUAUGAAAAUUCGUGAAAAUCCAGACAAAGUUAUCGCUGUGGGUGAAUGUGGACUCGACUAUGAUCGGCUGCAUUUCUGUGAAAAAGACACCCAGAAAAAGUAUUUCGAAAAACAACUCAGUUUGGCGGCUGAAUUUCGCUUGCCACUUUUCCUACAUUGUCGCAGUGCACAUGCUGACUUUAUGGAAAUACUCGAACGUAAUCGAGACAAGCUAUUGGAAUGUGGUGGCGGUGUCGUACAUAGCUUUGAUGGCACUUUAGAGGAAGCAGAAAAAGUAAUCUCUUACGGUGGCCUUUACAUAGGCUUAAAUGGCUGUUCGCUUAAGACGUUAGAUAAUUUAGAAGUGGUGAAGGAAUUGCCCAACGAAUGCAUUAUGUUAGAAACGGAUUGUCCGUGGUGCGGCAUAAGACCAUCGCAUGCCGGUUCUAAAUUUGUUAAAACCAAAUUUGCGGCAGUUAAGAAAAAAGAGAAAUGGACAGCAGAGACACUGGUGGACGGACGCUGUGAGCCAUGCCAAAUAAGUCAAGUGUUGGAGGUCAUUGCUGGGGUGAAGGAAUGCGAUGUUAGCAAACUUGCCGAAAUUUACUAUGAUAACACUUUGGAGUUGUUCUUUAAUAAAAGUAAAAAGUGAGCAUUUUAA